AUGAUUAUAUUAUUAAACAGCGCACGAAAAUGUAUAGCAUACUUCUCAGCGAUGACAAUGACACAUUCACAAUGACUUCAGUGUCAAAACAAAACAGAUUGACUCGUGUGGUAAAUUUUUACUUGAACCGAAAUAAAAACUUGUGUAAAAAUCCGUGAAUAAAACAUAUAAAACUUGAAAGUUAUGUUUAUUAAAUGCAGAACGUUUUCUCACAAUUAAUUUUUAGUACUGCUAAAAAAUGUGAUGUACACAUUUUCAAAAUGUAUUGGAUCACGCUAAUGCAAAUGGUGUAAAUUGUUGAUAAAUGUCAAAAUAAAGAAUAGUGUUUAUAUCACGCUUUUCAAUUGGUGGGUUCGGCUUUUAAAAAACUAUAAACAUAGGUCGAAAAUGUUAAAUUUGUUAAAUAAAACCAAGAGUAUUUUAAUACCAAAUCUGCGUAAAACUGCCACCCGUGCCACUCACGAUGUGGUCAAGGAAUCGUCAUCAGAGGUUGCAGUGUCAACAACAUCGACGACACCACUUAUAUUGCCACAAAGUUGGCCGCAAUAUGAACCAAUGAAUCGUGCCGUUUCACGACAGGUUUGGAUUGAAAACAUUGAUGCCGUGCCGGAACGUAAAGUAGGUAUUAUCGAACUGCACCCGGACAUUUUUGCAACACAGCCCCGCGUUGAUGUCAUACAAGAAAAUAUAGAAUGGCAGCGUAAAUAUCGUUAUGUAAGUUUUGCCCAUACCAAAACACGCGCGGAAGUGCGUGGUGGUGGAAGGAAACCAUGGCCACAGAAAGGAAUGGGACGUGCCCGACAUGGAUCUAUAAGGUCGCCCUUAUUCCGCGGUGGUGGCAUUGCGCACGGACCCCGAUCACCCACGACACAUUUCUAUAUGUUACCGUUCUACAAGCGAGUGAUGGGUUUAACUGCAACGCUUAGUGUAAAGCUUGCACAAGACGAUCUACAUGUCAUUGAUACCACUGACGUGCCCACACGUGAUACACAGUUUAUUAAAGAGUUGAUAAAAGAACGCAAUUGGGGACCUUCUGUGUUAAUUGUGGAUAGAGAUGAUAUUUUUCCGGAGAAUAUUUCUUAUGCCACUGAUGCGCUGGGUUAUGUGAAUUUGAUGCCUUCAUAUGGUCUCAAUACAUAUUCAAUGCUUAAACACGACACUUUAGUGCUAACUGUAAAUGCGGUGAAACAUAUCGAGGAGCGCUUGUUGUAUCAACUCCAUCGAACUGAUGCAACAAAGAAAGAAGGCAAAUUCAAAUUGGAUCAAGUUUAAAAUAGUAGUUUGCUAUUUUUCUUGGAUUUGUUAGUUUUGUUCGUUUUCCUUAAGAAAGUCUCAUCGCUAUCCAAGUAAUUCAAAACGUUGUAUAAAUCUAAAAUAUUAAAUUCAAUAGAAACAGCAUUUAUCCAUAGAAUAAACGUGUGAAAAUGUUAGAAAUAA